AUGGCGGAUCCUAAUGUCACCUCAUCCUUAGCUUCUAUUGAAUCAACAACAAACCAACAGAGCAAGCCGCAGUUGUACAAUGAGCUCCUAUCCAAGAUAAUAUCAUCCCCAUCAUCCCCAAACAUUAAAUCCAACAUUAAUGCAUUCCUAAACUCCAUCCUUGGCGAAACCGUCGGAAUCGUCGCUGCCAGACCCCUCCUCGAUAACUUCAUCAACUCUCUCCGAAAUCUACCAGCUCCGAUCAUAAUUGCGAUUGGACAAGAUGCGCUAUCCGAGAUACAAUCCCACUCGACCUCUGCUGAGGCACAGGAUACAGUUCUGAGGGAAAUUCUUGCAGACGCGUACGAGGCGGAAGAGAAUUUUACACAGGCAGCUAAAGUCCUACAGGCGAUCCGUUUCGAUAGUUCCCAACAUCUCAUGUCUGACGACGCGAAGGUACGCAUAUGGAUUCGUAUCGUACGGCUAUAUUUAGAAGAAGACGAUACCACAAAUGCAGAGAGUUUCUUGAACAGAGUCAAGAACAUGCCCACCAAGAUUCAAGACCCUGAGUUGAAACUUCACUUCCAACUCUCCCAGGCCCGCAUUUCAGAUUUUAACCGCCGAUUCCUCGAUGCAAGCCAGCAGUAUCUCAAUUUGAGUUUAUCUGGGGAUAUCGAGGAAGGAGAUCGUCUCCAGGCUCUUUCCGCAGCCAUUAUAUGUGCCGUUCUCGGACCCGCGGGGCCCCAACGUUCCCGUACUUUGUCCCGUCUAUACAAGGACGACCGAUCGUCGUCUCUCGACGUAUACAAUAUAUUGGAGAAGAUAUUCAUGGAUAGGCUACUCACCGCUGGAGAGGUGAAGGCAUUCGCUGAGAAGCUAGUCCCUCACCAACUAGCUGUAACUGCAGAUGGAUCCACAGUGCUUGGUCGAGCUGUAAUCGAACACAAUCUCCUCGCGGCUAGUCGUCUGUAUGAGAAUAUCCACGUAGAGGAAUUGGGCAACAUUCUUGGACUUGAGGCCAGUGGUGAUUUGAGCGCCGGGGAGAGAGCAGAGGCAUAUGCUGCGCGCAUGCUUGAGCAAGGGAGAUUAAAAGGUACAAUUGAUCAGAUUAAAGGCGUGAUUUACUUCGACUCGGGAAUCCCUGGUGUUGGCCCCACAGCAGAGGCGGCAGGACGAAGUUUAAGAGCCUGGGAUGCUGGCGUUCAAAACUUGGCUGAGGAAGUUGAAAGCGUAGCUGCUUCUAUCAUAGAUGAGUUUCCGCAAAACGUGUUAUGA